UGAAAAGAAACACAAACACACACCGCCAUUUUUGCUCUUCCUCCUUCUCCUUCUCCUUCUCCUUCUCCUUCUCCUUCUCCUUCUCCUUCUCCUUCUCUACUUCCCCCAAAUUCCCCUCACUUCAACAAAAUCCAAACCUAAUUCCAUAAAUUAUCUCUCUCUAACUCUCUCCGUUGAGUUUUGUAGACUCAAUUUUGGCUGCGGAGGAGCUCAAGCUAUUGCUGUAAGUAUGAGAUCGAAUGUGGCGAAUCUGUGGCGGAAAAUCUACCCCGAGAAGGUCGACCACUUCGAUAAGCUGCCGGAAGAGAUCAUCCUCUCGAUCUUCAAUCGAAUCGGAAACGCCAUGGCGCUGAGGCGAUGCUGCGCCGUUUCGAGGCGGUUCCACUCGAUCGUUCCUGAAGUGGAUCACGUCGUUGUCCUAGUCAACUGCGUAACCUUAGAGAAGGAAAAGCGUGAGCUUGCUUCGUCGUCGUCGGCGGCGGCGGCGCCGCACCACCGGAUCGCCUCAUUCUUCUGCAUUUUCUUCUCCGUACUCUUCAAACCCUUGCUGUCGCUGUCUCAGCUCAUCAUCCCCUCGGCGCGCCUGCUUCCGCUUUUGAAGGAGGAAGAGGAGGAGGAUAAGACGGUCAGUCUCCGCUCUAUGACGCAGAUUUUGAAGAAUUUCAACGAAAUCAAGCGGCUGGCGGUCGAGCUCCGCGCAGGUGAGGUCAGGAUCGAGGACGGCAUUUUGCUGAAAUUGAAAGCGGAAUACAGUUCCACGCUCGAAAGCUGCGUGAUUCUCGGUGCUACAAGCGUGAACUGCAGCUGCGAUGACGACGACGACGACGAUGGAGCGGAUAUGGAUAGCAUACACGAGUCAUUCUACAGCGAGGACGAAGGCUUGGCGCAGCGCGUCGUGUGGAUCGUGAACUCGUUAGUCGCAGCCUCAACCAGGCACCACCUCCUGCAGCCGGUGAUCGCGGCGCACAAAUCGCUGGAGCGUUUGGUUUUGACGGACGCGGAUGGGCAGGGGCUUCUGUCGAUGGAUAAGGAGCAGCUGAAGGAGCAGAGGGCGAGGCCUUUAAAUAUGUCGCUGUCGUCGAAGAGGACUGUCGUUCCGUCUCUGGACGUGCAGCUGUGGUACGCUCCUCGUCUCGAGAUGCCUGACGGGGUGGUGUUGAGAGGCGCGACUCUGAUUGCCAUCAGGCCGAGCGAGCUGCCGAGGGAGGGGGCGAUGCCCGUGGGGUCGGAGUCGAGCUGGGCGGAACCGGAGGGGAAUUGGGUUGUAUCGGCGUUUGAGGGGCCGUAUGGGGAUGUUGCAAGGAUGUUGGUGAAGGAGAGGAUAUAUAGCAUUGACAUUAAUGCUUUCUGAAGAUGAAGACACCAAUGUUUUAUGUAGUUUUAUUUUUUCAGUCACUGGUUGAACGAUGCUAUAGCUACUACUCACUCCGUCCCACUAUAACUUAGGCGUUUCUAUUCGUAAAAUAGCGGUCGAAGAUAAAUAUCUCACUUGUAGUGGAACUGAGGGAGUAUUGUAUUCUCUGUUUUCUGUUGCUUUUUCCAUUCCAAUUAGUUUUUUUGUUUUUGUUAGUUUA